UGUCGAUCGCCGAGUGACGGAUGGAGCUGCUGUGGUAGUGAGUGAGCGCUACAAGGACAGAGCCGCGGUGUUUACAGCGUGUCCCCCGCACAGCUGGAGCGGACAGCCGGUCAGGACAGCGCGGAGGACCGUAAGAGUCGCCCGAGUGCCCGGUGUGAUAGAAGCCAUCUAGAGUGAAGACCGCGUCACCCGGCCGCCAUGGUGGCGCUACAGAGCUACUGCGAGGCGGGGGUCUCCAUGCAGCGGGUGUGGGUGGAGGGUGGCCUGACCCCCUGCUUCUUCUUCACGCUGGUCCCGUCCGUCCUCCUCAGCCUGGCCCUCGUCCUCGGUGCCUUCCACGGCGUGUGCUACGGCCGCUACGGCGCGCAGAUGGAGCCCAAGUAUGUGCCGCGCUCGCGCCUCUACGGCCUGCAGAUGGUCCUCUCGGCACUGCUGGUCCUCCAGGCUGUGAUCUGGACUGUGGUCAGGGCGGCGCUGGCCGGGAUCUACGGAUACGUGGUGCUUUACGGCUGCCUGACGGCUCUCGGGUGGAUCUGGGCCUGCGCCUCGCUCAGGCUGGAGCACCGGAGGGUCCUGGUGAGGGAGCGGACGAGAGGGCACAGCGUGGUGCUGCUGCUGUUCUGGGCGCUGGCGUUCGCGGCCGAGAACCUGGCCUUCGUGUCCUGGAUGAGCCCUCAGUGGUGGUGGGGGCUGGAGAGCACUGAGCAGCAGGUGGAGUUCGCGCUCUGGCUGGUCCGUUAUCUCAGCACUGGGACGCUGUUCUUCUUAGGCCUCAAGGCUCCUGGGUUGCCACGGCGACCGUACAUGCUCCUCAUCAACGAGGACGAGCGUGAUGUGGAAAAUGGAGGACAGCCUCUGCUGGGUGGCGCUGCGCAGAAUCAGUCAGCAUGGCGGGACUUCAGGAAGAAGGUGCGUUUGCUGAUGCCGUACAUGUGGCCCAGCGGCAGCGUCCUCCUGCAGCUGCUGGUGCUGCUCUGCCUCAGCCUGCUGGGGGUGGAGCGUGCCGUCAAUGUCUUCGUGCCCAUCUACUACAAGAACAUAGUGAACCAGCUCACAGGUGGAACUGCCUGGAAAACCGUGGCCACUACGGUGUGUGUCUACGUCCUGCUGAAGUUCCUGCAAGGUGGUGGAGCUGGCUCCUCCGGCUUCAUCAGUAACAUGCGCUCCUUCCUGUGGAUCCGUGUGCAGCAGUACACCAGUCGUGUGGUGCAGGUGCGCCUGUUUGCCCACCUGCACGCGCUCUCUCUGCGCUGGCACCUUGGCCGCCGCACCGGCGAGGUCAUCCGCAGCAUCGACCGCGGAACCUCGUCCAUCGACAGCCUCCUCAGCUACAUCGUGUUCAGCAUCUUCCCCACCAUCGCCGACAUCGUCAUAGCCAUCAUCUACUUCAUCUCCUACUUCAACGCCUGGUUCGGCCUCAUCGUCUUCAUCUGCAUGGCCCUUUACCUCACUCUCACCAUCAUCAUCACUGAAUGGAGGACCAAGUACAGGCGGGAUAUGAACACUCACGACAACAACGCCAAAGCCAAAGCAGUGGACUCCCUGCUGAACUUUGAGACGGUGAAAUACUACAACGCAGAGAGUUAUGAAGUGAGCCGCUUUGAGGAAGCCAUCCUCAAGUACCAGGUGUUGGAGUGGAAGACCAACGCCUCGCUGGCUCUAUUAAACCAGACGCAGAAUCUGAUCAUCGGCUCAGGCCUGCUGGCCGGCUCACUGCUCUGUGCUUAUUUUGUCACAGAAGGCAAAUUCGAGGUGGGAGAUUAUGUCCUGUUUGGCACGUACAUCCUCCAGCUUUACACGCCGCUCAACUGGUUUGGGACGUACUACAGGGUGAUCCAGAGGUCCUUUAUUGACAUGGAGAACAUGUUCCAGCUCUUCACAGAAGAACAGGAGGUGAAGGAUGAUGUCAAUGCGGGAAAUCUUGUCUACAAGCAAGGAAGGAUUGAGUUCGAGAAUGUCUUCUUCAGCUACACGGAAGGGAAGGAGAUUCUGAAGGACAUUUCUUUCACCGUCCUGCCAGGCCAGACCGUCGCACUUGUUGGCCAGUCAGGCUCAGGGAAGAGCACCAUCAUCCGCCUGCUCUUCCGUUUCUAUGACGUUCAAGGGGGCUGCAUUCGCAUUGAUGGCCAAGACAUCGCCAAGGUGAAGCAGGACUCUUUGCGGGCGCACAUCGGCGUCGUCCCUCAGGACACCGUCCUGUUCAACGACAACAUCCGCGAGAACAUCCGCUACGGCCGAGUCUCCGCCACUGAUCAGGAGGUGGAGGAGGCGGCCAUCGCUGCUGACAUUCAUGAGCGAAUUCUGUCUUUCCCAGAUGGCUAUGAUACCCAGGUGGGCGAGAGGGGUCUGAAGCUGAGUGGAGGAGAGAAACAGAGGGUGGCCAUCGCUCGCACCAUCCUCAAAGCCCCCCAGAUCAUCUUGUUGGAUGAGGCCACCUCUGCCCUGGACACCCAGACAGAGCGCAACAUUCAGGCCUCACUGGCUAAAGUGUGCACCAACAGGACCACCGUUGUGGUGGCCCACAGGUUGUCAACCAUCAUCGGAGCGGAUCAGAUCCUUGUUAUUCGUGAUGGACAGAUUGCGGAGAGAGGAAGACACGAGGAGCUGCUGGCUAAGGGAGGUCUUUACUCUGACAUGUGGCUCCGGCAACAGCAGGCCCAGGACUCCGAUUCGGCCUCCGACACAGAAGCCAAAGACACACAGCCUGAAAAGCUACAGCCCCCAGCAUCCUCUGCGGCCCACAGGGGUCACUGACAGCCUUCGUACACUAAGGACGGGUGUUAAGCUUCAAAGGGUUUCAUUUUGCACCGAUCGUGCUUAAUGUUUAGUUUGAUAUAUCUGUGGGUUUGAUAUGAGGCCAGUUCUUAAAACAUGAGGUAUAAUUUUAUUGUUUUGAUGUUUGUUUCUGUUGUUUUGAGGGGGAAAAAGUAGAGUUAGUCCUUUUAUACACAGCUUCACACUUUUAAUUAAGAAAUGCACAGAUGCUUUUAGACAAAAUGUUAUGUUUUUCAAAUGUUUAUGCACGGAAUUCAUCAACAGCCCGGCGGCUUCUGUUAUCUGUGAUUUUCGAGUGCAGAGAAAUACAUCAAAAUUAUUGCUCAUGGUAAUCAAACCUGUAAUACAGAUGGAGUCGAUAGAGAUCAGGAUGAAAUACACUGGAGUAUUUAAGUUAACCACUCCACUACUACAGUAUACAUAUCGCUUGGUAUAGUUGUGUGAGCAAUAUGAGCAACACUUAGACAGGUUGAAUGUACAGUUUGUAUUUUAUCUUGUUUAUUUUUUCUUACUUUUUUUGCCUAUUUUUCAGUAAUUUGGGGACGAGGGUCCGCGUUUAGAAUCACAUUAGAGAAUCAUAUUGUCCCUUACUCAUCAAAGUUGCGUAAAAAGAGCGUCUUUAAUGACGUACGAACUGCUCUAGUUUGUGAAACCAUCGCACUGGUGAGCGCAAUCAGCUUCAGUGCGUGAAAUCAAGCACCGCUUAGCACCAUAAUCUUAUUUACGUAUUAUUUACAUGAAGCCCUAAUUUAUACAGAUGUUUCAGUAGGGAGCCAAUAAAACAACACGAUUCAGGAGCUCGUGAGCCAAUUGCUGAGUUCGUAGACGGAGUUUCAGGUGGAGCAGUGAGUGCACAGCUCCCCCUGCUGACCAAACCUUAUAGUGUCAAAAUUACAACCACUGGAAAGAAUAAAACGUGAAAUGAACAAAACAUCUGUUUUUUUUUUUAAAGAUAGUAGAUUGUUUAAAAGAUUGUCUACCUUUGUACUGUACUGUCAUGCAUACAAAUACUUAGCAUUAUCAUUAUUUUCUAUUUUAAUUCUUAUUUUAUUCUUAUCGAUAAUAGAUAAUUAGUAAACUGGAAAUCAAUCAGGUUAAUAAACUGUUAUGUUCUAAUUUAAAGCUGACUGAGUGAUGGGGGUAGAGGUGGGGCCAUCCUACCCACUCAGAGAGAGCGAGGCCAGUUGUGCUCUCUUGGACUCCUGGCCACGGAUGGCUGUAGCAUCACCAGGGAUCGAACUCGCGAUCUCCUGGAACGUAAGCAACUUUGAUGAAUAAGGGCUGUUAGGUGCACCGUGUGAAAUAGUUUAUAUCCUGUGAUACUUUUGCUUAACUGACUUUAUUCACUUAUUAUUAAAAGGGAGAACAAAUAUGAACACAUCAAAUAAAUAUCAUGCAGCCGUACUGUAGAUUUAGUAGUUUGAGUUCAGGGCUAAACUUUUUUUCUUCUGAUAUAAUUCAAUGCAAAUUUGUUUAGGACUGAGUCUGAGGGGCGUGUGUAAAUCUACGUUCACAUUACAAGCCUCGUUGCUCAAAUCUGAUGUUUUGCUCAGAUCCGAUCUCUGACACAAUGGUUCACACUCGUUUAGGUAAGUGAUUCAAAUCUGUCAUUAAUGUGACGAACCGGUGUCCUGAAAUGACCCUCAUGACCACAUC